AUGCCUGCCCGCACGCGUCGAGAGAUUCCCUACGAGACUAAGCUUAAGGUUGUCAAUCACCUCAUUCAGUUCAUGGCCCUUGGCAAGCUGAAGCGUGGAGCAAUCUCAUCCACGGCCGCCCUCUUUGGUCUCCAUCGAGACACCGUCUCCAAGUCGUGGUCCAGCUUUCGCGACUUGGACUCCAUGAAGCUGGAGAGUGUUUUCCUUACCUUCCAGGCUGUUAUGCGGUUGGUCCUCGAGAAGAAAUAUGGCAAUCAGUUCCGACUUCCUCAUCUCAGUAAGGAUGCCUUGCGUCGCGCCGGGACCCCUGUGGUCAACGUGUCGUGCCCUACGUCACUUUUGCUCUGA